AUGGUGGUGUCCAGAGCUGAUGCUGUUCGUUCCAGACUCAUUGACACCUUUUCUCUUAUUGAACAUUUGAGGGGCUUGAGCCAAAAUGUGCCUCGGCAUAACCUUCGAGAAUUCCUGGAUCCUGCCCGCCAAAGAAAACUGAUGCAAGGAGAUCAUCAUCAACUGGUCCGCUUUAGUAUCAGGCCUGGUCGUGACCGAAUCCAUUUUACUCAGAGGCAGCAGUGUCGACUUAGGGUGCGUUGUAAUCCAUGGGCCCCCAUUUCUCUUUGGGCUGGCUGGGUCCUUGAAAGACGUAUCUUCAUAAACUUUAUCAUCUUCCUCAUCUUUUUGAAUACCAUUUUGCUCAUGGUUGAAAUAGAGUUAGUGACUACUACAGAUCCCAAAAUGUUGCCGGUAAUGCUGGUUCUAGAGGUGGGAUCUUGGUUCAUCCUAUUUGUCUUCAUCCUGGAGAUUGUCCUCAUGUGGUUGUACAAUUUCUUCCUUUUCUGGAAAAGUGCCUGGAAUAUCUUCGACUUUGCUGUCACCCUAAUGUCUUUGUUUCCUGAGAUGGUGGUGAUGACAGGGGUCUCGGGUGAAUCAAUGUGGCUGCAGUUGUUACGUAUCUGCCGGGUCUUGAGGUCACUCAAACUCUUUACACGGUUCCGCCAAAUUCGAGUCAUCAUUUUGGCCCUCGUCAGGGCUCUUAAGACAAUGACCUUCCUCCUGGUGCUGUUGCUUAUUUUCUUCUACAUUUUCGCUCUGACUGGUAUCUACUUCUUUGACAGUUAUAGCCGUUCAAACAUCCAGGACUUGAAUUACCAAGUGUACUUCACGGAUAUGCCCAACUCCCUCGUGACAGUGUUCAUCCUUUUCACCCUGGAUCACUGGUAUGCACUGCUUCAGGAUGCCUGGAGAGUUCCUGGCCUGAGUAAAGCAUUCAGUAGUCUAUAUGUUAUCCUCUGGCUGUUGCUUGGCUCCAUCAUCUUCCGCAACAUCAUAGUAGCUAUGAUGGUUACUAAUUUCCAGGCAAUCAGGAAUGAGCUCAGUGAGGAAGCAACACAUUUGGAGGUGCAGCACAAAGCUGACAUAUUCAAGCGCCAAAUCAUCAAAAGGAGACAUCACGAGAGAGAAGGAGGAAAAGCAAAGUCCAGAGUUUCCAGUGUCCAUGUCUCACCCAAGACUUCUUAUAAUUCAGCAACAGCAGCAGUAUCAAGUGACAUUUCUCCAUCUGAAAAUUUAAACAAGGUAUCUGCCCCUAAAGACUACGCAUCUCCGCAAGAAUACCCAGUGAGCAGUGAUGGCCCAGGCCUAAUGGGUGUGGACUGGGAGACCCACGUGCACCAGAAUCUCCAUGGGCUGAUGGAAAUGGACCAUGACGAGCGGGUGGUUUGGCCCCGAGAUUCACUCUUUCGAUACUUUGAAUUGCUAGAAAAGCUUCAGUAUAACAUAGAAGAACGCAAACAGCUCCAAGAAUUUGCAGUUAAGGCAUUGAUAAACCUGAAGGACAACUAA